CGUUAAGUGAGGUGCUUGCCAGUUAACUUACAACAUACCCAAGCGCUUGACAGCUUGCAGCCAACUAGCAACUCACCCGUGAAAGUAGGAAUGCAGAUUGGUAACUAGUUAAUUUCUAGCCAAUUAGCUACCCACAGCUACUAUGGAAUCUUCUCAGAAUGGAUGCCAUGACUGCAUUUGUUCACAAAAACCUUGGCACCUCAGGAGAUAUUGUUAAUUACUUAGUUGUACUAAUGUACAAGUUACUAAUCUUGUAGAUUAGUAGCUCUUUAGUUACUAGCUAGCUAGUCAGUUAGCGAUAGCACAUAAUAGUAGUGAUGAAUAACCAAUGAGCUACGAACUGUGAAGUUUCACAAAUCUUGCUUGCUCGUGAGCCUCCAUUCAUUGACAUACAGGUUAGCAAUUAUAACAUCUGGUCAGCCAUCGAUGUAUUUAUUUUCCAUUUGUUCCUGUCUUUCCCCAGGAGUGUUUGGUUUCCAUGGCCUCUGCGGGUCUGGAGCUGGUGGGCUUCUUCCUGGGCCUGCUGGGUCUACUGGGCAGCCUGGUGUCCACGGCGCUCCCCUUCUGGGAAAAUACGGCACACGUCGGCUCCAACAUCGUGACUGCGUCGGGCAGCGUGAAGGGGUUGUGGAUGGAGUGUGUCCAUCAGAGCACCGGGGCCUUCCAGUGCGAGACGUACAAUUCCAUCCUGGCUCUGUCCUCUGACCUGCAGGCGUCCCGGGCCCUCAUGGUGGUCUCUCUGGUGCUGUCCACCCUUGGCCUGGCCAUCGCUGUCCUCGGCAUGCAGUGUACUGUCUGCCUGGAGGGUUCAGGGGAGCUCAAGAAACGGGUGGCGGGCGUGGGCGGGUGCUUCUUCCUCGCGGCCGGCUUCAUGACGCUGGUGCCCGUCUCCUGGACCACCAACAAAGUGAUACAGAACUUCUACAGUCCCAGUGUACCCGCCACUCUCAAGUUCGAGCUGGGCGACUGCCUCUACUUGGGCGUAGUCUCGGCUGUGCUCUCUAUGCUGGGGGGCGGCAUGCUGGCGGUGUCUUUCUGUGAGGGGCACGAAGGUGGAGGACACCGGGGGAGGCGGUAUGGGGGUGGAGGCUACCCGUACCCGGGGGGCGGAGGCGCUGCACCAGUGGUACGGAAUCCCACCACCCUGCAAAUGGGAGGCAUCAGUGUGGACAGGAGAGGGCACACGUUGAUUCAAAGCGGGAGCGGGAGCUCUGCGGGAGUCCAUGUGAAACCUGUAAAGGCAGGAUAUGAUGUCACAGGAUACGUGUGA